UGGCAGCUGAAUACAUUCAUGGCGCAACCCUGCAGCAAGUGCUUCACACAGACAGCUGCUUGGUGAAGCUUGAAGGGGAUGAUGCCGGUUUCAUAUCACUGGACUUAUCCAUGGCAGUAGAGUACAUCCAUGCACAGAGAAUCAUUCACCAGGAUAUAAAGCCAGCAAAUGUCAUGGUUCACCACCCUUCUAAGAAGGCAGUCCUGACAGACUGGGGCAUGGCAAACAUAAGAGACACUGUGAUGCUUCGUCAAGGGAGUAAGUUCACUGCCCAGGUUAUUGGUCCAGCUGGUGGCACAUAUCUUUACAUGGCUCCUGAAUGCAUACUGAUGUUUGAAGAGGCCUCGUUCCAGACAGACAUGUGGUCCCUCGGAGCCACAUAUCUGGAGAUCCUGACGGGUCCGCUCCGUGGACUGUUAAAAAACAAAGAGAACUGGCUGCACUAA